CCAACAUCAACCUCUCAUCUCUCAAUAAAGGGUUUCAUCGGAAACUACGCCAUGCCUGAAUCUAACUCGAGCGACGAAUUCGACGACGAUGUUUUCAUCGUGGAUAUCGAUUCCAUCCAAGCCCAUGGAAUCGGCGUUGCAGACAUCACGAAGCUGAAGGCGAAUGGCUUCUACACUGUGGCGUCCGUCCAUGGGGCCACCCGGAAGACUUUGUUGAAGAUCAAAGGGUUUAGCGAGGUGAAAGUCGAAAAGAUCAAAGAUGCAAUUCAAAAAUGCUUGCCCUCUGCAUCCGGCUUCAUCACCGCCAUGGAACUAUGCCACCAGCGGAAGAGGGUCGUCAAGAUCUCGACAGGAAGCAAGCAGUUCGAUUCUAUACUAGGAGGGUAUGGUACCUAGUAUUCUUCGACUGGCUGUGUUCCUGACCACCGAGACUUAUAGGGGUUUUCAGAGUAUGAGUAUCAGUGAAGUAUUCGGCGA